AUGAAUGCACUGUCCAGCCACGUAAUCGUCUCAGGCAUCACAAUUCUUGCACCGGUCAACUCUCCCAACACUGAUGGGAUCGAUCCAGACUCAUCCUCCAAUGUCCGCAUUGAGGGCUGCUACAUAGUCUCAGGCGAUGACUGCAUCGCCAUUAAAAGCGGUUGGGAUGAGUACGGGAUUGCAUUCAACAUGUCAAGCAAACACAUAGUGAUCAGACGGCUCACCUGCAUCUCCCCCACGAGCGCUGUCAUUGCCCUGGGAAGCGAGAUGUCGAGAGGAAUCCAAGAUGUCCGGGCCGAAGACAUCACGGCCAUCCACUCCGAAUCCGGCGUCAGGAUCAAGACGACCAUCGGAAGGGGAGCUUACGUGAAGGACAUAUUCGUGAGAAGAAUGAAUCUGCACACAAUGAAGUGGGUCUACUGGAUGACGGGCACCUACGGGCAGCACCCGGACGACAAAUUUGAUCCGAAAGCCAUUCCGGUGGUGCAGAAUAUCAGUUACAGCAACGUGGUGGCCGAGAACGUGACCAUGGCCGCGAAGCUGGAGGGGAUUCCCGGCGCGCCCUUCACCGGAAUAUGCAUCUACAAUGUGACGGCGGAGGUGGUGAAGUCGAAGAAGCCGAUUUGGAACUGCACCGACGUGGAGGGCGUAUCGAGUCACGUGACGCCCACUCCCUGUGCGCAGAUUCCGGAAUAUCCAGAUCGUAUAACGCAUUGCCCCUUCCCUGAAGAUGAUCUACCUGUGAAUGGUGUUGGGCUAGAGGAGUGUGCUUAUCAGAGAGCUAAACCAUGA